UCCCACCAUGCAGCACUUCAGCCCGGACACGCUGGAGCAGAAGACAAACCCCAGGCGCAGUGAUCUACCCCGCGUUUGGAAGGUUCUUCGGUAGCGCGCGUUGGUAUAAAUGGAUGAAUGAAAGCGGUGGAUAGUAAAGAUGUCGGUGGCACUGUUGAAGGUCGGCGUGGUGCUCAGCACGAUGGCUAUGAUCACUAACUGGAUGUCGCAGACGCUCCCAUCGCUCGCGGGCCUGAACGCAACUGCAUUAAGUGCGGCACGCACUGCACACCCGGACCGGAGUACUGGCGUAAGUGCUCAGGAAUCAUGGCAAGUUCAUAGUUCUGCUCAGGAUACAGAGGGAAGGUGUGUGUGUAUGAUCGUUGCCCCCCAGCAGAGCUCGUGCUCCAGAGAUGUUCACACCAAACAACUACGUCAGCUCCUGGAAAAGGUGCAGAACAUGACCCAGUCAAUCCAGGUGUUGGAUGCGCGAACACAGAAAGAUCUGCAGUAUGUGGUCAGAAUGGAGGAUCAGCUUAAAGGUCUGGAGACCAGAUUUCAACAAUUCGAGGAAAACCACAAACAAAACCUCGCCAAGCAUUUUUUUUUUUUGCAGGCCAUAAAGGAGAAAAUGGCAGAGAUAAGACCCCUGAUUCCCCUGCUGGAAGAGUACAAGGCAGAUGCACAGCUUGUGUUGCAGUUCAAGCAAGAAGUGCAGAACGUGACUGCCAGUCUGGCGUUGCUGCAGCAGGUGAUGGGCGCUUACGACUAUGACGAGUUGCACUCACGGGUGACCAGCUUGGAGGAGAGGCUGCGGGCAUGCAUGCAGAAACUUGCAUGUGGUAAGCUGACGGAUAUCAGUGAUCCUGUUACAGUUAAAAAAUCUGGAUCUCGCUUCGGAUCCUGGAUGACCGAUCCACUGGCUCCAGAGGGAGAUACUAGAGUGUGGUAUAUGGAUGGGUACCACAACAACCGCUUUGUGCGAGAGUAUCGCUCAAUGGCAGACUUUAUGACAUCGGACAACUUUACGUCAUACCGAUUGCCACACCCCUGGUCUGGAACGGGCCAAGUGGUUUACAAUGGCUCCAUCUAUUUUAACAAAUUCCAGAGCCCGGUCAUCAUCAAGUUUGACUUGAAGACCUCCACCAUCAGCAAAACACAGAAGCUGGACAGUGCUGGAUUCAGCAACACAUACCAUUAUGCCUGGGGUGGACACUCUGACAUUGACCUUAUGGUGGAUGAGAGUGGGCUGUGGGCCGUCUAUGCUACUAAUCAAAAUGCAGGCAACAUUGUUAUCACCAAGCUUAACCCUAUCACAUUACAGACCAUUAACACUUGGACAACCAAUCAUCCAAAACGCAGUGCAGGGGAAACGUUUAUGAUCUGUGGAACACUCUACGUUACUAAUGGCUACUCUGGAGGGACCAAAGUCUACUAUGCCUAUCACACCAAUUCAUCUGCCUAUGAGUAUAUAGACAUCUCACUGCAGAAUAAUUACUUGCACAUCUCCAUGCUGGAUUACAAUCCACGCGACCGUGCUCUCUAUGCCUGGAACAAUGGGCACCAGGUACUUUACAAUGUAACCCUCUACCACCUAAUCCGUUCUGAGGAACUAUAAUCAUGCCGAUGCUCUGGCUUUUUUUUACAUAGUUUUUUGUAUGUAAUUCAAUGCAAUCAAUCUUGCUUGUUUAAAUUAGUGAAAAAAAUAUUUCA